AUGUCUUUCAUGAAUUGUCUCAUUUCGAGUUCGAGUAAAGAGCAGUUGAGAUGUGACGGAUCGGGUGAGAAAAAGAAACUCCUCCGAACGCACAGCCCCUUCCCGGAAUCGACCCGAUUCGAGCCGGGGAAUUCCUAUUAUUUUAUCUCCACUUCAACCGGUCAUCCAUCGGGCCUCGAGUCUCGUCAUAAUGGACUGUGCGCAUCUCAUCAAAUGAGAUUGAGAAUCGAGAUUGAUGAGGCUCACUCUUCCACUACAGAUUCUCCACAAAUAAUAAAGUAUCAAGAUCACCCUCGUGCCAGGAUCGGUUCACAGAAAACGGAAAGUUCCGAGACCGAGCAAAAACCCGAGAUUUUCGUUCAAGUCGUUGAGAGUUCCGAAGACGAACGUUUAAGCAAAGACGUUCCACCAUCUUCUGCAUCGAUGACCGAAGAAAAGAUGAAACAAGUCGUUGCUUGGGCACAAAGAGGACUUGAAGGGACAUUUAGAUUUCAAGAACCGAGUGGUGAAAAAUUCGGAUCGAAUGUCGAAGUGAAUCGGGUGGACGGAAGUGCUGAAGCAUAUUAUGUGGUUAAUGAAGAUGCGGCACCGUAUUCCUCGAUUGGACCCUCGGUGCCAGUGACCUCCGCUCUAAUAUUCAUUCUGCUCGCUCACUUUAUU